AUACGGACUGAGGAUGUUAACUGUCUGGUGCUUCAUUGCUACGACUAUUUAGGAGUUUCUUUGAAGAAUGGAAACUGGCCAUGAUCUGGAACUGAAUUAAAAGAAGGGCUUGUUUCAUGGAAUACUUCAAAAGUUGCUAAGGUGCUCUUUCUAAACUCAUUAUUUGACUUACAAUUUUUCCAUUAGUCUUUUUGCUACUUGAUUUUAGUCAUUGCUAUGUCUACCCUAGGUAGGAGUAGGUGUAAAAGAAGCAUGAGUUGCUUAUGGCAGGGGCUAACCUGCAGAGGUGGGUUUUAAGAUGGAAUGGAAGUUCAUAUAAACCCUAAAUUGUCAGGCAUGGACGAUCAACUUCCUCUCUAUUUUUGGACCAAGCAAGCACAGCAGUUCCAGGCACAGCAGUUGCAAGCCCAGCAGAUACAGGCACAGCAACUGCAAGUGGAACAAGUGCAGCAAGUCCAACAGGUCCAACAAGUACAACAAGUGCAGCAGUUACAGCAAGUUCACACAGAGCCAACAGAUGGUAAAUAUACUUGUCUAGAAUGUGGAAAGACAUUCUCUAAGCGAAGCAGCUUUGAGUAUCACAAGAAGACCCACACAGGUGAAAAGCCUUUCAGCUGUGGCAUUUGUGGGAAAGCUUUUGCAAACAAUCGCAACCUUGUGGUUCAUACCAGGAUUCAUACGGGGGAAAGACCGUACGAGUGCUCAGAAUGUGGGAAAACAUUUACACAAAGAAGUAUGUUAACUGUCCAUCUGAGAAUUCACACUGGAGAAAGACCAUAUCUUUGCAAUGAGUGUGGGAAAUCUUUCUACCAAAGUGAUCACUUAACAAAGCAUAGCAGAAUCCACACAGGAGAAAAACCAUACUCCUGUGAAGAGUGUGGAAAGGCAUUUUCGGAUAGUAGUGCUUUAAGACAACAUAUAAAGAGGCAUCAAGAAGUAGGACCUUUUAGAUGUGAGUACUGUGAAGAGCUUUUUGAUAAAAAAGUUUCAUAUGAUGUACAUAUGAUGGAGCACAAAGGCAUUAAGCCAGAAGAGUGUGAUGUUUGUGGAAAGCAGUUCCCUACCAAAGGUCUUCUUACAAAUCAUCGAAGAACUCAUUUCAAAGAAAAAGCAUUUAGAUGUGAACUAUGUGAUGAAGAAUUUAUGAGAUUAGUGACUUUAAAGAAACAUGUGAAAUAUGCACAUGGCCAUGGUACGUCUGGACGUGUUCCACCAAUCUAUGAUGACAGACCAACAAGAAAGCCAUAUGGAGAAUCAAAACCUUUUAAGUGUGAUGAAUGUGACAUGACAUUUACAACAAAUGGUAAAUUCUUGGCCCACCAGCACACUCAUCGGCCAAACAAACAAUUCAAGUGCGAUGAUUGUGGUAUGUGUUUUGCAAAAAGUUAUACUUUAGAGGUUCACAGACAGAUGCAUGCCAGUGCUCCCCAAGUGAUUCAGAAUGGACCAAUCCCAAUCAAUGCAAUGACUUCCAUUGGAUCUCUAACUCCAGUGUUGAGUGUGCCAGCUUCAGUGACAGUGCCACAGACAUCAAAUAAAGUCACAGCAUAUGUCAAAGUACCACAACGGCCAGUUGCAGUUAAGCGGGAGCCUCGCUACGACGAUCCUCUUGCCAUGGCUACUGCUGCUGCCCAGGUGACUCCAGAUCUUGUAGAAAGUCUCACUGUGCCAGAACAGCACCAAUCAUACAAUUAUAUUUAUUCAGCCCAGGGUAAAACUAUGUAUACAAACAAGUUCCGUAAGAGUACAACCCAGCUGAAGACCGUUGAGUAUCUUGAGCUGGAGCAAACGGAGAUGUAUAGAUUUCCCCCUCCUGAUCAGAGGUUCUUAAACUUUUUUGUCAUGGACCCUUUUAAGAAUCCAAUGAAAACUUUGAACCCCUUUCCUUUGAAAUAUUCACACCAACACAGCUUUGCAUAUAAACACAUAAAUAUGAAUGUUAAUUUUUAUCUGAGGGGUUUAAUGGACCCCCUGAAACCCCUCCAUGGACCCCAGGUUAAGAACCCACGCUCCAGAUGUGGGGCACAAUCCCCAUACUCUGACAAUGUAUUCUCUUCCAACGAUGUCUCCAAAAACAAGACUGGUCAGACUGAAAAUGACUUUUUUGAAUGCCUUGUUGACUAUAAUGGCAGUCCAGUGCUACAUUAUUCCCCCCAGAGGCCAAUCACAAUACCUCACCACAAUGCUUGGUACACUUGUUUGUUUAGAACAUUGACCAUUCAGGAAAUCCAUGAACAUUGCCUUACUGAACCAAAAAGCUUUACCUGGUGGCUCUGCCCCCAAACCCCACCCUAUCACUGUUUAGUGAAGCACCUAAUGACCUUAGAUAUUGAAGUGCAACUAACCUUAAAGGAAAAAGUCAGCAAAAUGUCGUUGCCACAGCAAGUCAGUGUCCCGUCAAUGUCUGUGGCUGUGACAGUUUCUGUGGCUGUCCCAGGCGUCCAUGUUUCAGUUCCAGCCAUCAACAUAGAGGAAAAGGAUGACCACAUGAAUGUUUACCUCUGGAAUAAGUCACAGCAGACACAAGAUACCAAAACCCAAGGAAGUGAUGGCAAAUAUGAAUGCAGUGUAUGUGGGAAGGCCUAUUCCCAGAGGAGCAGCUUUGAGUACCACAAGAAAACCCACAGUGGUGAAAAACCAUAUCACUGCAGCACUUGUGGGAAAUCGUUUCUCAACAAGAGCAGUUUAGUUGUACACAAUCGCAUUCACACAGGAGAGAGGCCAUUUAGGUGUGAUGACUGUGGCCGUGGAUUUACUCAACGCAGUAUGCUGACAGUCCAUCGAAGAAUUCACACAGGUGAGAGACCUUAUACAUGUUCAGAGUGUGGGAAAGCUUUUUACCAGAGUGAUCACCUUACAAAACAUAAAAGAAUACAUACAGGAGAAAAACCUUAUCUUUGUGGAGAAUGUGGAAUGGCUUUCUCAGAUAGCAGUGGAUUAAGACAGCAUGUGAAACGGCAUACAGAGAUGGGUCCAUGGCGAUGUGAGAAGUGUGAUAUAGUGUAUGAAAAACGUACACCUUAUGAUCUUCACAUGAUGCAGCACCGUGGAGAGAAGCCUCUUGAAUGUGAUGUUUGUGGUAAACUCUUUCAGUAUCGAUCUACUCUUGAUCUCCAUAGAAAAACACAUUUUAAAGAAAAGGUUUUUAAAUGUGAUGUUUGUGGUGAAGAAUUUACUGGUAAAGUUUUACUAAGAAAGCAUCUAAAACAUGUACAUACAGAACGAUACUAUGCCAGACGCCUUGUUGGCUGGAAUGCAGAUAACAAAUCAUCCAAACAACAGGGUGACACCAAACCUCUUAGAUGUGACCAGUGUGGUUUACUUUUUAAGGACAAUGGUAAAUUCUUGCUUCAUCAGAAAGUUCAUUGUCUUGAAAAAAGUUUCAAGUGUGAUGUUUGUGGUUUGGCAUUUGCUAAGAGUUACACACUGGAAGUUCAUAAGCAGAUGCAUCCACAUAUAUCUCCUCUUGUCAAUGCUACCAUGUUGACAGAAGUGCCAUGCCAGGAACUACAAGGAACACCUGCAUCUGAGAUGACACUAACUCCUCUGUACCCUGCAGCCCAAGAACCUUCCAUUGUGACCCAAGAGAUCACACACAUCCCAGCAGGUCAGGUAGUUAUUCCUAGCACCAGCAAGUUCCAAUCCUUUGUGAAAGUGCCCAUAAAAUCCCCAGCCAGCAAGGGCAAGCGAACUAAACCAUGGUAGUUCUGAAUUCACUUGUGAUGUCGGUGGAUGACUAAGGUUGGUAUCCUUGUUUGACUUUGGCCCAGCCUUUUUUCCCCUUUCUUUCUUGGAGUUACGUGAAUCUUUGUGAUUUCUAUUCCUUUAGUACCUCUUGUCCAGUCACUAAACUAUAAUUGCAAUUAUUGGAUUAAACUGUGAUAAUACUUAAAAGAAAUUCAUAUUUGCUAUAUUUUUAUUGUGUAAAUUAGAGAGAACCUCAUAAAACUGAAUUACUGUUUUUAUUGAUUAUAAUUUCUUAUUUCUAAUUGUUAUUAAAUUAAAACAGUAUAAGAUAUAUAUGUGACAUUAUACCCUGCAGUUUAGUAGCUUCUAAUUGAUAUGCAAGUGUUAUAUAUAUCAUACUGAAUAUGGAAAUGUGCAAUGAAUUUGUCAAUGAAUGUCUUCUUCUUAUGAAACAUAAGCAGGUUGGAAUAGUUAUGAAAAUUAUAGAUUAAUAUCCGUAUAUGUAAGGUAAGAUCAUUACAGAUAUCAUGAAAUUCACAAUUUAUAAUAGACCAUUUGCAUUUAAUAAAAACUGUACAUUAUAUGAACUAAAGAAAUGAAGUUCAUUGUAAAUAGAAAAUCCCUGGCCUUGAUAUUUUCCAUAGAGAUGAAAGAUUUAUUAAAUCUGUUUUAUAUACAUUUUAAUUCUGCCUUUACAUAUUAAGAUUAGUUUCUUUGAUGUAGUAGAACGUUAUAUUUGUUUCUAAUGUAUGUGUGCAUAUGUUUAUUUGGUCUCAAGCAAGAGUCCAAUACAUUUGAGUGAAUGCCAGCAUGCCAGUUUGAUUGUGUGUGAAAAGGUGACUUCUUUAUAUCCCUAGAACUUUAAUGGUGCUAUGCAUCUACAGUACAUGAAAGGAACUUAUACAGUAUAUGUUCUUUAUGAAUAGAUUGAAAUAAAAGAUAUUUAUUAAGAA